AUGCAGAAAGUGCCCCCGACUUCAGUUCGUCGCUGCCGAACAGACGGGUCAGUUGCACACACUCCACUGCUCCCCCUCAACUCCCACUGACGCUCUCCUCCCCUACGCGAAUCCAGCUUCGCGGCGUACGCCGUCAAGUUUUCCCCCUUCUUCCCCAAUCGACUCGCCGUAGCUGGAUCAGCGAAUUUCGGUCUCGUCGGCAAUGGGAGGCUGAGUGUGCUCACUACGGGCGGGGCAGGGAUCGGAGGGCCCGUGGGGGCUCAUCGUGCGGGUGGUGGUGCAAUGGCGAUGGGCAUGGGGAUUGAGAAAGGGUGAGUCUCCCAGGACGGGGUUGGGACGUAGCACUGAUCGGAGUUCGGUUGUGGUGUAUAGUUUCGAUACGCAGGACGGGUUGUACGACCUGGCUUGGUCCGAGAUGCACGAGAACCAGAUCGUCACCGCCAGUGGGGAUGGUUCGGUCAAGUUGUGGGAUGUCGCAUUGGAUGUGGGUACAAGUUGUCCAUAUACUAUGCACCAGGUUUAUAUUGCUGGACUCAUUUCUUUCGGGUACUUAGGAGUUCCCCAUCCGGAAAUGGCACGAACACGCCCGAGAGGUCUUUUCGGUCGAUUGGAACAAUUUGCAAAAGGACUUGUUCUGCACCAGCAGUUGGGAUUGUACGGUCAAGAUCGUACGUCAAACGAUGUGAUCGCUUCGUAAUGCGGCUCUGCUCCUUCAGAGCCCACUGACGUCUCGCAACCCUCCACAGUGGACACCUGAUCGUCCCACUUCAAUAGCAACGAUCCCCGCCCACACCGCGUGCGUCUACGCCGCCGCUUUCGCCCCUCACCAACCCACGACCUUGGCCUCAUGUUCAACCGACGGUCAACUCAAAGUAUGGGACACGCGAUCCCCCAUGGCCGCGACACCCUCCACCGUGCCUGGACAACCUUCUACCGCUCAAGCGCAAAUCGCCAUCCCGGCGCAUUCGACCGAAGUGCUUUCCCUCGAUUGGAACAAGUAUCAACCCCACUUGAUCGCGACGGGAUCGGUCGAUCGAACGAUUCGAAUUCACGAUCUUCGAAUGGCCGGACAUGAUCAGCGUUUGCCGCCGAGUAACGUCCCCGUUAUGCAACCCACUUCAACGGUUGCCACCUUGUUGGGCCACGAAUACGCCGUGAGGAGGGUCGCUUGGUCCCCUCAUUCUCCGAACGUCCUAGGGUCGACAAGUUACGAUAUGACUGCGAGGAUCUGGGCCAUUGACGCAGGGAAUCUGGGAGCGGGAGGACCUAAUACGAGUUCGUUCGGGAGUGCGGGUAUGGGCGGAGGGAGGUUGAUGAGGAUUUAUGAUGGGCAUACGGAGUUUGUGGUAGGGCAGAGUUGGAGCUUGUUCGAGGAGGGGGUGGUGGCGACUUGUUCGUGGGAUCAGGAAGUGCAUUUGUGGAAUGCUUAA